AUGGCCUCGGCCGCGGGCAAAACUCGUUUUCGAGUCAUUUGGUUCGGCGUGCAGGGUAUCUUAAACAUUCGCGGUCAAACCGACUGCUGGCUUGACGUGGACCGCGAGUACUGCCGCACCGUCGAGAUGAAGAGGCUUGUGCUCUCUUCUCUGGGCAAUGCUGAGGAAAAGCCGGAAGACUUUGUGCUGCUCGUGCCCGAAGGCGCCAUCGCCUCCACCAGACACGGCGGUGACAGAGGCGGGCGUGCGGGCUCCGUGCCAACGGGAGCAGCAGAUCAAUCUGGCCAACGCAAGUAUGUGAUGGCAGCGCACGCAGUAUGCUUCCCGGAUCGCUGGAGCCCAGAGGCGAAGAUGGGGAAGACGGUGGACGAGAUUCACACGAGCGUGCCACAUUACACAGCCACAAUCUCGACGGCCGUGGAUGGAUUUCUGCGGAAUAGGUUGAAAGUUGGGGACCGCGCGUACAUCCGUUUCAAUUACACAUUCCAGGAGGGCGGGAAUCUAUUGAUCGACGCAGGUGCUCCGCAGCAGUGCUUCUGCGCUGCGCAGGGGCCUUUCGAGAUCUUCCUGUACGUAGGGCGCUACAUCAACCAGCCGGACAGGGGCGACACGGUGGACGAGUGCGUCCCCACGCCGACCCUCAUGCACGACGGCCGUCUGCUGCGGCCGCCGGCCUCGCUGCACGACGCGGGUUUCGCGCUGGAGCGCUGCCCCACGUCAGUCCGCAAUUUCCGCGACGACGACGAGGUCGUGCGCAGCUACUACCCGGAGAUGCGCGAGCUGAUCAAGAGGGCCUCGGGGGCGACUCGUGUGAUGAUCUUCGACCACACGGUCCGCAACACCGCGAGCACCAGCCUGAACGCACAGGCCGGCGGGACCGCCGCCCCGGUCCCCCGGGUGCAUUGCGACUAUACUGCGGACGGCGCGCCGAGGAGGCUGAUGCAGUUUGCCGACGACGGGGUCUACUCGCACCUGAGGCAGCGGAAGCUGGUCAGGGCGGACAUCGAGCAGCUUGCGGACCAACGCUUCAUGCCGCCUGCGGAUCGUCAACGUGUGGCGCAACAUCCUGGAAACGCCCGUGGAGCGUCUCCCGCUCGCGGUGUGCGACACGAGGACGGUGCCCAAGGAGGACUUCUUCCUCUACGAGCUGCUGUUCCCCGACCGGACGGGCGAGAACUACUCCCUGAGGUCGAACAAGGAGCACCAGUGGUACUACUACCCGCGGAUGGUCAAGGACGACGAGUGCCUCGUCUUCAAGGUCUACGACAAGCAGGAGGACGGGCCGCGCUUCGUGUUCCACACGGCGUUCGACGACCCCCUCACCACGCCAGAGUCCCCGGCACGCGAGAGCAUCGAGAUUCGUGCCAUCGCCUUCUUCACCGAGGAAGGGACCUGUCUCGACUGAGCCUCGCGCUCUGCCGCCCGCGCGGCGUUUGA